AUGGAAGCCAACAAGGACACAGAUAUUAACCUGCUGGAGAGAAACAUUCGGGAAAAGGAAGAAGUUCAGGAUGAAAAUAAUACCGAUUCCGACAUAGAUUCACAGACCGAAAUCUUGCGGGCUGCUGGUAUAGGUAUAGCUAAAGAUGAUCCUACUGAGCCCGUCCUCACUCUACGUAUGUGGGUGAUAGGAAUUGCCUUUUGUGUCAUCGUUAGCGGGUUGAACACACUCUACACGCUCCGUGCACCUUCCUUGACAAUUUCCGGCUCGGUUGUCCUCUUGUUGGCUUAUCCCCUGGGAAAGCUUUGGGAGAAAAUCGUCCCGAACUGGACCGUUCCUCUAGGACGACUGGCAUUUGAGCUCAACCCGGGUCCUUUUAAUACAAAGGAACAUGUCUUGAUCUUUAUUAUGUCCAACCUCAGUAUCUACGUUCGUCUUGGCGCCGAUGUCCUGACAGAGCAGCAAAUGUUCUACGGUUACAAAGCAGGAUGGGGAUUCCAAAUUCUCAUUACUUUCUCCACAUUCCUCAUCGGGUUCUGUCUUGCUGGUCUAUUCCGGGCGAUUGUGGUCGUUCCCCAAGAGCUGAUCUGGCCUGGGGUGCUGGGUGUUACUGCGUUGACCACAACGCUGCAUCAUGUCAACCAGCAAAAAGUGCAAGUGACUUACAAUACUUGGAAAAUGUCCCGCUAUGCCUUCUUCGGUAUGGCAUUUUCCAUCUCGUUCUGCUGGUAUUGGUUCCCAGACUUCAUCUUCCCGGCGCUUAGCUAUUUCAGCUUCCCGUGUUGGAUCAAGCCUGAGAGCAAAGUAGUCAAUCAGAUCUUCGGAAUGAAUUCUGGAAUGGGGCUGUUGCCGCUUACAUUUGAUUGGAGCCAAAUAUCUUACGUCGGAUCACCCUUGCUCAUCCCAUCGUGGGCAGUUUUCAACGUCUUCGUUUCCCUGGUGUUCUGGAUUUGGAUUGUGGCUGUUGCUCUAUACUAUUCCAAUGUGUGGAACACAGGCUACCUGCCUUUCCAAAGCUCUCAAGUAUUCGACAAUACCGGGAAUAUUUAUAAAGUCAAAAAGAUUGUCAAUGCAGCCUCAGGCUACAAGCUCGAUGUUAAGAAGUACCUUGCUUAUUCCCCGGUCUAUAUGCCAGUGACCUACGCGUUGAACAUGUUUGGGCUCUCAUUUGCGACCCUGAGCGCUCUUCUUGUUUGGGUUGUCCUUGAAAAGCGUCAUGUCAUGGCCGAUGCUGCCAAAAGGGUGCCUCGGCUAGUCCUGGAGUCUUUUCCCGGUCGCUCUAGAGAGUACAGCGAGGACGAGCGGGGAGACCCAGAUGUGCCUUUGUGGUGGUACCUGGUUGCAUGCGUCUUAGCCUUAUUCAUGUCGAUGUUCGCCGUUGAGUGGUGGAACGUUGAACUGAGAUGGUACGGUGUUCUGCUGGCGUGUACUGUGGCACUGAUAUUUUAUCCUGCGUUGGCCCUGGUCUAUGCCACUUCUAACCUCAAGAUCAAUAUCGACAUCUUCUGCCGUAUCGUGGCCGGUUUCGUCUUUGAGGGCAAAGUCCUGGCCAAUAUCUGGUUCUUUGACAUCGGAUACAUCACAACCAUCAAGGGUCUUUACUUUGCCCAGGAUAUGAAACUCGCUUACUAUUGCCAUAUCCCGCAACGAAAACUGUUCUUGGUUCAAUGCGUGGGAAUGGUUAUCGGCACGCUCUCCUCGCUCGGUGUCCUCAAUUGGGCCCUGAAUCAUAUCACCGGCGUCUGCACUAGCGCUGCUGUUAACGGUUUCACUUGUCCUUACAGCAGAACCCACUUCAAUACUUCCUUGAUCUGGGGUGCAGUGGGUCCUCGUCGUUACUUCUCAAACCAAAUUGGCUAUUCCGCUUUGCUUUAUUUCUUCAUCGUCGGUGCCAUUCUACCCAUUCCCGUCUAUUAUAUGACCCGCCGAUACCCCAAGUCACUGUGGAGAAGGGUUCAUAUUCCCCUGUUCCUCGGUGGGCUCAAUUACUUGCCCCCUGCGACCGGAAUGAAUUACGGAAGCUGGGCAGUUGUUGGACUCACCUUUGGCUGGCUCAUUCGGAAGCGUCUGCAUAGCUGGUGGAGUAAGUAUAACUUUGUGCUGAGUUCUGCCAUGGACUCGUCAGUGGGAAUUGCUGGUGUCUUGAUUUUCUUGACAAUUUUCUUUACUGGAGCCAGCAACCAUUUCAAAUGGUGGGGAACAGAGGUUUACAAGAACACCUGCGACUGGAAAGGUUGUCCCGAUCUUUCUGUACCAAAGGGCCAUAAGUUCGGCGUGUAG